UUGCCUGAAACGUAAGCAAUUAAAGGAUGAGUGUCGCAAUUUUGUCGGCGACUUCACCUCACCCAUCCCCAGCAUCGACCUGCAAUUCUUCUCCCCUAACCCCAGUUUGACCAGCGUUCCCCAACAUCAAUGGCGGCGAUAUCCAAGGUGCUCGAGGACGAUGACCUCCUCAGUGAGAUCCUCCUCCGCACCGUCUUCACCACCACCCUUCUCAACUCCGCCCUCGUAUGCACACGCUGGCUCGCCCAUGCUUCCAACCGCGCCUUCCUCCAUCGAUUUCGUGAGAUCCACCCGCCCCGCCUUCUUGGCUUCUACAUCAACAAAGGUCAGAACACCCCGCACUUCAUCCCAAUAUUGCCUCAGCCCCGUGAACUCACUGCUGUCAUCCGUCACGCAACCUCUAGCUUGGGCACCUAUCAAAGAGUACCGUCGGUACCAACCUACAUCCUUGGUUGCCGGAAUGGCAACGUCCUCAUUAGGCAGCAUGAUAAAAUUGGAACCACGUUUGCGGUACACAACAUGGUGUGUCCUGAGAGAGGCAUGGACAUCCUCCCACCGUUUCCACGCCCCCAAUCUCCGUACUUAUUUGACGGUACUGCUUACUCUAGAAUCAUGUCCAAAGAAGAGGGUGAUGCCUUGUCUUACUUGUAUGUGUUGAUGCACCAAACAACGGAUGGAAAACACAGGGUAUACAUAUAUAUCUUGAAACAUGGCAUAUGACGCAUGAAUCAUAGCUUGAUCAUACAGCAGCCCCCUCGUCCAUGGUCAGUACUUAAAUCUGUGUUGUCCAACAAUAAAAUCUAUGUGCCAGCUGGCUGGAGCAACAUUAUUGUCUUGGAUUUGGCGGCCUCAAGUUUCUCAUAAUUGAGCUCCCAGAAGGGAUGGAGUAUGGUGAGAGAAACACCAUAUUGUCACAGGCCGAUGAUGUUGUUGGUGUAUAUCUUAUCCAUGUCAAGAAGUUUCAACUUCGCAUCUGGCUCCACAAUGGGUACACAUGGUUACUGAUGGACACCAUUUAUUUGCGUGAGAUGUUUGCUGAUUUUAGUGUGUCAGAUAGCAAUGCUUCUCUCCUGAUAAACCAGGCAGGAGACAAUGCUGAGUUUGUGUUCUUGGACAUGGGUCGAUGCACAUUCCUCUUGGACAUCAAGCGUAGAACAAUGCAUAAGGUGUAUGAGAAGGAAGACGGUGAUAAAUUUUUCUGUGAAAUCCAUCCUCUUAUGAUGAUCUGGCCUCCCGUAUUUCCUGCACACAAGGGUGAUCCUACAAGAAAUGGCAUGCUCAGGCUGAAGAUCAAGGAUAUGGAUGGACACUAGCUAUCUCCACUACCAAUAAACUGGAGCUCCAUCGUAGAUGAGUUGAGAAUAAAUGCAAACCAAAGUUUCUCCUUAGUUGUGAUGGAUGACAUGUGACAACUUGGAAAGUUAUGAGCACCUGGAAAGUUUCGAUCCUUUCUGGAGUUUAAGACCUAUUAUUAUUAUGCUUGAUUAUCAUGAUAUAUCUUUUGCAUGAUUUUCUU